UUUGGACAUUGUUGACAUCUUUUUGGACAUGUUUACAAAACGAAAAUGGGCGAAGAAGGAGGCGGACUUUGUAGCGGACGGCGACGAGGAAGAGGCAGGGUUGGAGGGCGGAGGAGACGGUCUGCGGGGGUCAUCUCACUCCAGUCCUGUCGUGAAAUCUUCAAGAGGUCGCUGUAGGCACCGGGGACAAAAGAAAGGAGGUGAUAGGAGCAGGUCACCCCACAGUCCAGCUUCUAGGACUGGAGGAGCAAAGCAGGAAUUUUUGAGGCGGUCAACGCGGGUACCUAGGCCACCACAGUGUCUCACAGAGAAGGAUGUCUCCAUGGAGGGGGACAGCGCUGAGGAGAAUGGGGCAGUGAGUGAAGGAGAGACAAUCCCCUCACAUUCACCUGAUAUGAAUUCGAGAGGCGGGCCAUCUGGUGGCCACAGUCGCAGCCACUGUAGUCACAGGGGGGGCACUUUCAGGAGCCACUUACCACCUAGUCUCACUUCCAGGGCAUGGAGGACGGAAGAGGAUCCUGAUGUAGCCCCACCAAAACUGAAGUUCAUUCCCAGGCGGACACCAGGAAUCCAAGCUCCUCUAAAUAUUGGGACACACACUCCACUCGACAUUUUCUCCUGUUUUUUUGAUGCAGAGGUGUUGAGUUUACUGUGCUCCAGCACAAACAAAAGAGCUUUUCGACACCUGGAGAGAGGGACAAAGUAUCAGUGGAUGGACAUAACCCCUGAGGAGCUGAAGAAAUUCAUUGGCCUUCUGCUCUACAUGGGAGUGAUGAAUCUCCCUAAAAUGACAGACUACUGGAGAAAGCAGACCAUUUUUGAAGUGCCCUUUCCUGCUACUGUCAUGCCACGGGACAGGUUUAAGAGCAUUUUGUCAUUUUUCUGCAUUAGUGACAGUGCAGAAGAUGUCCAUAAUGACCUAGCCAGAGGAACUGAGGACUAUGACCUCCUUCACCAUGUCCAGCCACUGUUUGACAUGCUGCGGACCCGCUGCAUGGCUGUCUACCACCCUCGGCAGCACAUUUCGGUGCAUGAACGGAUGGUAGCCACCAAAGCAAGGCUGUCACUGAAGCAGUACAUGAGGGACAGGGCUAUAAAGUGGGGCCUGAAAUUUUUUGUGUUGGCGGACAACAAUGGCUACACGGUCGACUACCAGCUGUACACCGGAAAGUCCAAAUCCCAAGGCUCAGUGAAUGGACUUUCAUUUGAUGUUGUUUCCUCCCUUGUCAACAAGGACUACUUGGGUAGUGGGUAUAUUGUCUAUUGUGACAAAUUUUACACCAGCCCACAACUAUUCCGCCACCUGGGUCAGCAAGGAUUCGGAGCCUGUGGAACUUACAGGCAAGGGAGGAUUGGGGUUCCCACGUCACCGGAGAACGCCCUGACAAAGAGAUCGCCACGAGGGUCCAUUCGCUGGUUGAGGGAUGGGGACCUUUUGUUUGUGAAGUGGAUGGACACAAAGGAGGUGUCCAUGUGUACAAAUGUCCACUCAGUGUUCACUGGAGAGACGGUGCUGCGGUGGACGAAGAAGGCAGAUGGCACAUGUGAACAGGUGCCUAUCCCCAGGCCCACAGCGGUGGGUGAGUACAACCGCUACAUGGGAGGAGUGGACACAUCAGACCAGCUGCUGAAAACCAACACGGCCCACAGGAAAAUGAGGAGGUGGUACAUCACAGUUUUUCAGCACAUGUUGGACAUUGCUGUCACCAACAGCUUCAUCAUUUCAAAAGAGCUGUCGACUAUCCGUGGCGAGAGACCCCCCACAAGGCAGGAUUUUCAGGAGAAGCUCACAUCACAGCUUUUAGGAGUUGCUCUCAAAACACAGCCCAAAGGGCCCGCAUCUAACCACCUCCCUGUCCCUACCAGCUAUGGACAGUCAAAGAGCCAAAGGGCCAGCCUGGGACGGCGUCAGUGUGUGCUCUGCAGACGCUGCACUCCGUGGCAGUGUGAGGAGUGUGAUAUGGGACUUUGCAUGCAGCUGGACAGGAACUGUUUCAGGAUGUAUCACACUACUAAUUUUGUGAAUUAACAUAUAUAAUGUUUCACUGUUCAUGUUUAUUUUUCAAUUCAUUUUGUAAUUGAAUGUAUAUAUAUUGCAUUUUGCAUGUGUUCAUUUAGUUUUUAAUUUCCUCUUUACUGAAAGAAUCAAAAAGAAUUUUC